CCCGCCUUGCGGCUCUUCCUCGCGUCGCUGCUGCAGUGGAAACGGACGGAAAACAGCAGCCACAUCCAAACAUAAACGUGGCGUUUUAUUAACAAAAGCACGAGAUCAAGAGCAGGAUUCUCCUCUUAUAUCUCUACUGUCUUUCAUUGUUCUUCAUUGCUGAGGCGAACUUCCGGCGUACAGGCAGAAAAAUGGGAAAUGAAGCAAGUUAUCCCCUGGAAAUGUGCUCGCAUUUCGAUGCUGAUGAGAUUAAAAGGCUGGGAAAGAGGUUUAAGAAACUCGACCUGGAUAACUCAGGAUCUCUCAGUGUGGAGGAGUUCAUGUCCUUGCCCGAGUUACAGCAGAAUCCAUUGGUGCAGAGAGUGAUUGAAAUAUUUGACACGGACGGCAACGGUGAGGUGGACUUCAAAGAGUUCAUCGAGGGUGUAUCUCAGUUCAGCGUGAAGGGUGAUAAGGAACAGAAGCUUCGCUUCGCUUUUAGGAUCUAUGACAUGGACAAAGACGGCUACAUUUCAAAUGGAGAGCUCUUCCAGGUGCUUAAGAUGAUGGUGGGCAACAACCUGAAGGACACACAGCUUCAGCAGAUAGUGGAUAAAACCAUCAUCAAUGCAGACAAGGAUGGAGACGGAAGGAUAUCUUUCGAGGAAUUUUGUGCUGUUGUUGGAGGUCUUGACAUACACAAGAAGAUGGUUGUGGAUGUGUAAGCAAGUCUCAUCUCCAGACGUCCAUCCAUUUUCCUCUUCAUCUCUGACUAUCUGCUCAGCGAAUGCUCUCUGUGUAUUCAAAUGGAAGUAUUUACCAAGCCACGAAGCUAUGUGACGCCAACUGUACGUGAUAUUGAACUGAUCUGCUUAAUAACCUGGACUAGCACUAUUAGGCCUUAUUGACACUGAAAGAGCAUUUCUGUAAUAGAGAGAAGAGGGCAUUGGCUUGAUCAUAUUUAUUUAGUUGUUAAUGCUUCUUUUUAAUAUUUAUUUGAUAUAAAUAAGUGUAAGUAGGGUUAUGAUGUGCCAAGCAAAACAUACAGUUAUCAUCAUGAUCUUAACCCAGAGAGCUGUUUUCACUGCAUGAUGAAAUAAUGUCCAUUUACAGGUUUAUAUUAUUCCAUCACAUUUUGUGAUAUACGCAGUGUACCAAAAAAUGUGAUAGAUUAAGGGAAACAUUUCUAUUAUUUUAAAUUCUAGCAUCUAACCAUGUAUAAUACUCAUUGUUUUUUGUAUUAAUUGUGAUGUUUAUGUAUAAAUGUUUAUAUUGUUGCAAAGUGCAUUUUUUUCUUCUCAAACUUGAGACAGUUUAGCAAACACUGGUACCAAGUAGAAAUGAUCUGGAUUCAUUCAAAUGAUUUAAAGAUAUAAUUAACAAAAAUGCAUUUUGAUAUAUACUUAUCCAACCAGUCAUAUCCACAAAGAAAUGAUACUUUUCUCUGUGCUUUAUUUAAUGGCGUUGUGAAGGUAUCUUUAAAGAGUAAUAGCAGGUUAUCAAUGCAAUAACAUGCUUCUUGCUUAAGCUACAGUGCAUUCAACAUAAAUGACUCUUGCUUUAAUGUUUUUAUUUAAUGUGGCUUAUGUGACUUUUGGCGCCACUGUAUAUUUGAAUUAUACAAUGGAUCAUUUCAUUUCUAUAUUUGUUAAAUCCCUAAAUGAUGUAAAAGCAGAUAGAUAUCAUUGAGUAAUGUACGUAUUAUACAGUCUGCACACUCUUCAAGUGAAUAUGAGCAGCCAAAAGCUUGUAUACACAAGUACACGUGAAUAAAACUAUAACACAUUUAUGUACUGUGAAUGUUUACAUGCAUGACAGGAGCAGCUUAACCAAAUUUAUGGCUAAUGAAUGUUAAUGAAAAACACAAGUCAUGUCUUUUUACUUUUUACACACAUCACCGGGUCUCAUUGAGAAACAUAAAGGAUCUGUUUUGCCUGUUUAAACUUCUUCCUAUCUGCAUGUUUAGAUUAUAAACCUUUGCUGAUUGUUUACACUUAACUGUGAAAUUGAUGUCAAAUAUCCAUUACAACUAAACAUUGCCAAAUUUGAAACGAUGCAAAACAAAGCAUUACUUGCAUUUCUUCAUUAGAUUCAUACAGUUGUCAAAUCGCAUACCAGAUUUAGGUGAUAAUAUGUUCCUUUGACUUUUAAAUGCACAUCUUUAAAUCCUGUAAGGUAUUCAAUCUUUUUUGGUGAAUGGACUGAGUUACCUCAUAUAUAUCUGAGGGUGCAUUAUUAAAUGUCAUUUUGAGGAGGUCUAUUGUGCAUGCUGCAUCAUAUGAUGAUUUUUCAAACUACUUGAUUCUGUAUAAACACAAUAAAAACUAUAAAACAUG